UGACAACGCUGCCGUGGCAAAAAGCUGUGACAAUUAUAAAGAUUCCUCCUGUCAUUUUUUAUGAGUGGAAAUUCAAUAUGUUUAUUGUGCAUAUUUAAGCCCCCUUUCUUUCAAGUUCAUUAUGGUGUUCUUCAGAUAUAUCGUUAGUCUUUUAAAGGAUCUUGUUUGCAGAAGCUGUAAUACAGCAAACAGGAGCAUAAAUAACCGGUGAGUCUUGAGAGUAGCUAAAAUGCCUAGUUAGGUAAAAGUUUCUCAAAGUUUUCCAUCAUAUGAAAUGGGUUUUCUCUGUAGGCAAUUUUGGUAUGCAAGAAGGUCAAUUAUAUGCCUCUUUUAGGAUCUAUUCCACUGGGUUUGAUGAGUUUUAGUCUUUAAAGCUGGAAGUGCCCUGGGAUUUCUCAAACUUGUGGGAGUGAGUUUGGUUUUCCAAAAUCUGGCAUCUUUGGUCUUCUGCUAGAAUUUGUAGCUAAAAAAGCUGAAAGUUUGAAAAGAUCAUACAGAUUUCUCAAGCUUCUGGGAGUGAGUUUGGUUUUCCAAAAUCUGGCAUCUUUGGUCUUCUGCUAGAAUUUGUAGCUAAAAGAGCUGCAAGUUUGAAAGAGCAUACAGAGAGAACAGGAUUGAAAAAAAAAAAAAAAAAAAAAAAAAAAAAAAAGAAAGACAAAAGCUUUUUAGCUACCAAUCAAUUAAAAUGUUUGAUUGGGGCAUCGCAAUGUCCUUUCACAAACCAUCUAGUCCACAAAUUUUUGGUGUUGUAAACAAGAAAAUUACCCAAUACAGAACAAGAUCUAAUCUGUCUACACUAGUAUCUUCAGUCCUCGUGCAGACUAAUCCGGGUGGAGAUUCACCUGAACCCAACAAAAUUUUCCACUCCAACAUAGCUCCAUCAAGAUGCAAAAACCCAAAUCAUUUGCUCAGCCAACCAAACACCAUUGGUAUCAUUGGCGGGGUAUCCACUUUCUCCACUCUAAUUUUCCUGGAAAAGCUUGUCAGGUGGAGUUCCAAGUCUGGAGAAUGCCCGCCAUUUGUUGUCUGCAGCGACCCGGCUUCAUAUUUGGAGCUUCCCCGUCUGGGUUCCUACCACUCAUCGGACAGCAAGAUUGUUGAAAUACAAUCCAACAUGAACCGCCUUGUGGUCGAAAACUUGCAGAGGAAAAGGGCGUUUCUUGAGAAAUCCGGAGCUGGCUGCGUAGUCAUGCCAUGCCACCUAUCUCAUGUGUGGUAUCGUGAGAUAUCAGAGGGAUGUUCUUUACCAUUCCUUCAUGUGGGUGAGUGUGUUGCAAGGGAGCUCAGGGAAGCCGAGUUGAAGCCUGUUGAAAUUGGGUGUAAUGUGAGGAUUGGAGUGCUUGCGAACAACCCAACUUUGAUGGCCGGUUUUUAUCAGGAUAAGCUGCAGGAACAGGGCUUUGAGGUUGUAUUGCCAGACAGAGCAACAAUGGAGCACAUUGUAAACCCUGCAAUACAAGCAGUGAACAUAAGGGACUUCAAAGGGGCAAGGAAUCUGUUAAAAAUUGCAGUUCAAGUUCUUUUGGUGAGUGGUGUGAACACGGUCAUCCUUGCCUCCAAUGAGAUGCAAGGACUUCUACCUCACAAUGAUCCUCUUCUUAAGAAAUGCAUCGAUCCCAUGGAUGCUUUAGCCAGAUCAACCAUAAAAUGGGCCAAAUCCUUGGAAAAUGAUUGAUAAUAAGGCUCUCAUCUGCUUCUUCUUCUUCCAUUUUUUUAAUCAUAAUAUUUAUAAGUUUGCGGCUCGGACAGGUAUUAGAAUUAAGGUUUACCUUAUAAAGGGGAUGCCUUAGACUACCUGGACUGUCCGUUGAAGAGAAUUAAUAAGAAGGUUCAGUACUCUGAUAUAUUUGUUGUCAUGGUUGUAGAUUUAUAUUUAUAAAAAUGAAAUAUGCUGCUGCUGAAGUCUUAUUUCAA